GUCCAAAGUCCUUGUUUCCUGGAGCUAGAAAUCUGUUUUUCUUUAUUUUCUAAGCUCCUAUACAACAGACGACAAGAUUUUUUUUAAAUAGUUAAUUCCACUCGUUUCCUCGCUUCAGUGCUUUUUUCUUAAAUUGUUUCCACCACUACAAACAUUCAUUUCGGAUUACGCUCGCGGUCUGCUAUCCUUCAGUAGCAGACAACAAGAUACAAAAUGGCUAUUUUUUUAUCAACGUGUUUUUUCAUUUUGAUAUCACUGCAACUUGGCGAAUCAUCCGGUGUGUUUGAGUUGAAAGUACACUCUUUCACAACCACAAGCAGUGUGUGUAAACGGUCCAGAGACUGUCAGAUAUUUUUCCGUGUUUGCCUGAAGCACUCGCAGGACGUCAUCUUACCUGAGCCUCCGUGCACUUACGGCAUCGGACUGACAGGAGUAUUCAGCGCAGACCAGAGCUCCAUCUCCAGCAGUGCGCCUGUUAAGGUGCCUUUUAAUUUCAAAUGGCCGGGAACUGUGUCGUUGAUAAUUGAGGCAUGGAACGUAGAAUCCUCUGAGCAGUCAACAGAGAACCUGAACAAUAUGAUCAGCCGUUUAGCCACCAAAAGAAGACUCGCAAUUGGGCAGGACUGGUCCCAGGAUGUGCAUCUUGGAGAGCAAAGUGAACUGCGCUUUUCUUACCGCGUCGUGUGCGAUGAAUUUUACCACGGCGAGGACUGCUCGGAUUUCUGCCGGCCACGGGAUGACGCGUUCGGCCACUUCAAAUGCGAUGCCGCCGGCAAUAGAAUCUGCUUGACUGGAUGGAAAGGCGAAUACUGCGCUGAACCCAUCUGCUCGUCUGGCUGUAGCGAGGAGCACGGUUAUUGUGAGGCCCCCGGUGAGUGCCAGUGCCACCUCGGGUGGCAGGGCCCCCUUUGCGAUGAGUGCCAACGACACCCGGGGUGCUUAUACGGCACUUGCAGCCAACCCUGGCAGUGCACUUGCAAGGAGGGAUGGGGCGGCCUGUUCUGCAACCAAGAUCUGAAUUUCUGCACAAAUCACAGGCCCUGCGUGAAUGACGCCACCUGUACCAACACUGGCCAAGGCAGUUACACCUGUACCUGCAGGCCCGGCUUCAGCGGCACAAACUGCGAAAUUGAGACCAAUGAGUGUGACAGCAUCCCGUGCAAGAAUGGAGGCAGCUGUAAUGAUCUGGUGAAUGAUUACUCCUGCACAUGCCCUCAAGGCUUCUAUGGGAAGAACUGUGAGAUCAGUGCCAUGACCUGUUCCGAUGCACCCUGCUUCAAUGGAGGAACCUGCAUGGAGAAGGGAACCGACGGCUACUCUUGUCGCUGCCCUCUAGGUUACAUGGGAUCUAACUGUGAGAAGAAGAUCGACCGGUGCAGCAGCAACCCCUGUGCUAACAGUGCCCAGUGCCUCGAUUUGGGUCACAACCUGAUGUGCCGUUGUCGCCCUGGCUUCAAAGGCUUGCGUUGCGAAAUAAACAUAGACGACUGUGCACGCAGCCCCUGCCAAAACGCCGGCACCUGUGUGGAUGGCAUCAACGACUACACCUGCACAUGCACGCUUGGCUUCACAGGCAAGGACUGUAACAUCCGUGCUGAUGCCUGCAGCCUCAUGCCCUGUGAGAAUGGAGGGGCAUGCUACACCCACUUUUCUGGACCCGUCUGCCAGUGCCCACCAGACUUCAUGGGCGCACGGUGCGAGUAUAAAGAUAAGCCCACCCCUGUACCAAGCCCUCCUUUUCCAGCUGCUUUGGUGGUUUCAUUCACCUUGGGCCUCAUCACACUCACCCUUGUGGUUUCUGCUGCCAUUGUGGUCCUGAAACAGAUGCAACAAAAUCGCAAAGCCAUCUCAUCCACUGUGCGCAAUGACUUGGAGACGGUCAACAACCGGACCUCUUUAACCCCCAACUCAAUGUUAGGCCUUAAAGAGAAGGAGGCCUUUCUUAUUCCUGGUGGUCCUUAUAAGAUGUCCAAUAAGGAUGUGGCACUCAGCUCCACCAUUGUGGACGCUCAUUCCAGUGACAAAUCAAAUUACAAGCAGAAGAUGCUGGACUACAAUUUGACCGUAGACGAAAAACACAAAAACAACAAGCUUGACCUGAAAAACUUGGAAUCAACAUUAUUGGUUCCGCCAUUGAACUAUCCGAAAGAGGGAUUAUAUCACCCUGUAUACAUCAUUCCUGAACACAUAGAACAAUGUGUGUAUGCUACUGAGGUUUAACAGUAUUCUUCAAUCUGGAACACCUCAAUUACCAGUGGACCAAUGGCCCAAAAAUGUUUACAGUCCUAAAUGACUAUAGGAAGAAGUGAAAAGUAUAUAUUAUAUCUACAUAUAUUAUUUAUUUAUUCAUGCUGCUCAUUAGAAAUGACUUUUUAUUGAUAUGGACAAUGAUUUUGCGGAGACAAAGCAAGAAUUUUAUGGACUUGAAGACUUUAGGAACAAUUUGCAUAAUAAGCACUAUUUUCUUUUCCUUUUUAAUGUCCCAAAUAGAAUAAUAUAUAUAUAUAUAU